AUGGCGAAAUCCUCCGUAAGCAUGAAGCUCCUCAUCGACACAAAAGCCAAACGCGUACUGUUCGCCGAGGCCGGCAAGGACUCGGUGGAUUUCCUAUUCUACAUAAUCUCCUUGCCCGUGGCCAACAUUGUCAACCUGAUGGUGAUGGGCAAACAGGGAAUGGUGGGCUCUCUCGGGAAUCUCUACCAAAGCAUAGAAAACUUGAAUGAGACGUACAUGCAGCCCAACCAGAACAAAGACACGCUUUUGAAACCGGCCCACUCUGUCUCCUGUUCCAGCGUUCCUCUGCUGGCAAUUGGGGCCGCGCCCACGGUCAAGAAGUUGUACACGUGUCCCAAAAACUGCAUAUCUGUCACGGAGGACACCGCCGCCGUCUGUCAUGGCUGCAACUGUAAGAUGACAGUGUUGAUGGAGUACGUGGCCCCACCUGCGGUUCAGAAGGAGUCUGGCCCGGAAGGUGGGUUCGUGAAGGGGGUGGUGACGUACAUGGUGAUGGAUGAUUUGACUGUGUCUCCUAUGUCCACUAUUUCAAGUAUUACUCUACUUAAUAAGUUUAACGUCAAGGAAGUUGGUGCUUUGGAGGAGAAGGUCGUGAGUUUUGGGAUGACUGAGGUUGUGAAGUUGUUGAAGGCUUCUUUGGAAACCAAGAAUGUGCUUACCCAUGUUUUCCUCAACCGUACAGCAUGA